AUCGCGUCACACCCGGAAGCAGCGGCCGGAGCACAGCCGGCAGCGAUGAGCGGGGAUUCGGGGCAAGUGUCUGUAGCGCCUCCUCCCGGGGAGGUCGAGCCGGGCAGUGGGGUCCGCAUCGUGGUGGAAUACUGUGAACCCUGCGGCUUCGAAGCGACCUACCUGGAGCUGGCGAGUGCUGUGAAGGAGGAGUAUCCGGGCAUUGAGAUCGAGUCGCGAUUGGGGGGGACAGGAGCCUUUGAGAUUGAGAUCAACGGACAGCUGGUGUUCUCCAAGCUGGAGAAUGGGGGCUUUCCUUAUGAGAAAGAUCUCAUCGAGGCCAUCCGAAGAGCCAGUAAUGGAGAACCCCUAGAAAAGAUCACCAACAGCCGUCCUCCCUGUGUCAUCCUGUGACUGCACACAGUUCUGGGUUCCUGCUCUGUUCUGGGAUCCAGACCUUGGUUUCCUCUGGUCCUGCUGGGAACAACCCUGCCUCUUCCCCUCACUUAGCUCCUGGUAGCUAAGAGACCCUGCCUCCACUUUGCCCCUUUGGGCAGUAGAAGGGAACAGAAGCUUCUGUGGUCUUGGGGGUAAGAAAGAGAUGCUCUCUGUGGACAUUUCACAUCCACCUUAAUACCCCCUUCUCAGAAUCAGUGCCCACAAAAGCCCACUCCCCUCCCCAACUUGGCAAUACCUGUCAAAUGCCACAGUAGAUUUAAUUUAUUCCCCAAGCCCUGGGCAGUGCCAGCAGUUGGCAAUAAAGAGGCACUAUGAACAUUUGUGCCAACUAAUGUGUAUUUAUGUGU